AUGAAAGAUGUGAAAUUUAAAGAUGAGUUGAGAUAUGGCACAGCAUUCGUGCCGCUUUUAAUGGAGCCCCUCGAGACUCUGUUGCCUCGAAAUGGCCUUCGUUCAGCGGGGAACCCAGCCGUGGCACCUCCGUCGUUCAGCCGACGUUACAGGGCCAUGGGAGAUGGGCAGGGCAAUGCUGAGGAGGGCCAGGCCUCUGACCCACUGGGACUGGCCCCGCCUCUGGGCGGAGCGAAGGGCAAAGGAAAGGGGAAAAGCAAAAGCCCCGCAAAACCAACUGGAAGCCUAUUUGAUGAAGGACCGACGGAAGUCAAGAAACCACAGGCUGCAACAUCUUCCCCCGGCGCCUCGCUCUUUGACGAGCCACCAAUCCAGGCUGCUGCAUCGCCAGCCAAGACCGGAUCUUCCUUGUUCGAUGACGAUGCACCUGCUCCGCUAGCGCAGGCAUCCCCAGCGAAGAUGGGAUCCUUAUUUGAUGACGAGCCUCUGCCGAAGGCCAAGGCGGCCAAGGCUCCUACGGCCAAGACGGCGCCAGCCACGAAGGGCAAAGGCAAAAGUGCCCCAUCCUUGUUUGAUGAUGGGCCACAGGCAAAGGCAGCUCCCAAGGCCACACCGAAGCCUACCAUUGCAGCAUCCUUGUUUGACGAUGAGCCGCCGGCGCAAAAGCCUCCAGCAAAAGCCCAGGCGUCGGCGUCGUCUCUCUUUGGCGAGGAUCCUCUCUUCAAUGAUGCACCCGCCAAACCGGGGCCGAAAAGGGACAGUGGACCGUCCGGGGAGCUGAUCCGGGGUGCUGCUUCCAGUCGCUUCGCUCAGUUUGCAGUUAGGUGGGGUGGCUGGAGCCAUGGCCUAGGAAGCGAGCACAAGUUGCUCUUCCAUAGGACUGAGUUUUGGGCCACCUUCUUCUUUGCCUGCUUGCAAGUCUAUGCCUUGGUAGGAUGCCCUCGGCAGCUUCAAGAUAUCUUUCAACGGCCGCUCAUGGUGAAGACGGUCAUGGUGCUGAAUGUGGUUCUCACCCUGGUCCCUGCAUUUUUGGUGACUGUCAGCCUGAGCAGCUUCGAAGUUUUGUCCCACGAGAUCGAGUACAGCAACGAAAUCACCAUGGCUAUCCUGGACUUCAUUUUUCUGUAUAGUUUGGCCAGACAUCGCUCACUGCUGGCGGAUGGCAGUGUCCUCUUCCAAUUGCUGGCCACUGGAUUUACCCUGGCGGUGGCGGUGACGCAACUCUUGAUCUACAACGGCAUGGGCGGAACUCAUGGAGGUCCAGGUGAAAAGAUUGCGCAUUACUUCGAGUUUACCUUCGAAGGCAUGAGUGGCUUCAUCAGCUUUCUCUUCUGCAUGAACUGCAAAUUUGAGUGUGAUCAAGCCAUGGUGCAGCUUGCCGAGUCACAGAAGUCCGAAGGCAGCCUGACUCGAAAACUUCUUCCGGUGUGA